ACAAAGGCGAGCGUGGCUUCCUCGGAUCGGGUGAGAGGAAAAAGGAAGUAUCGGGCUUGGUUGUAGCUAGAGCUGUUCCACGGUGAGUUUUCUUUUUCCUGGAACAGGGAUCGAGUCCCUUCUGCGGGGGAGCUUGGAGGAAGCGCUGCGGAGGUUUUAAAGCGUUUGGCAUCCGGAUAUGGUGCACACCCCUUACAUGGCGAGGUUGGCAGGCUAAUAGCGUCUCUUGGUGGAUAGAUAGUAACUACAAUACGGUGCUGUGGUAUUUUUAUGCACGUUAGUUCCGUUUUGUUCCUUCCGGAGUUUAGGAUCCCGUUUCGGAUUUUUGAUACAUUUUGUAUAUUCAGAAAGAAACGCAGUUCCCGAGGAACACAAGUGCAGAUGUGAAAAUCCACGGCUUUAUUUUACUAUAGGUACCUGUUGCUGCCCUUCGUCUCAUACAAUUCGUUUCUUGAGUUUUUCUGUAGGGGACCUCUCGUAAAUCGCUGCAGUGAAGACAAAAUCUUUUGAUGCCUUAAGUGCCAGCUCGUUUAUUGAAUCAACAGUUGGUCAGCAACUAUGGAAGGAUCUGGAAAAUCAUCUUCAGAGCCACGAAAUUAUCGAAUACCAAAGAAAGUAUCAAACACACAGCCAGAUGAUGGCCAUAUUCAAUCUCCAUUGUCAAGAUUUGAAGAAAUUCACCAAAGGCAACAUUCAUUUCAAGGGUGGGCAUCAAGAUCAGGGCAUAAAAAGAUUCAGUCAAACUGGAAGAGGAAAAACUCUUGCAUUGGUGCUGAAGGAUCAGUAUUGGGGCAACCCAAAAUUAUCUUGACGAAUGUCCUGAAGACGGAAUUAGGAAGAAAAUAUAUAAAGACGCAGUUUGUAACUGAUGCUAAUUUAUCUCAUGCUAUCAAGUUGCAGUCAAGUCAACAAACCUCAUCAUCUGUUGAUAGUCUAGAGAUAUGGCACAUAUUAAGUCCUCUUCACCAACCCCCUUUUUUAUCAGAAAGGCAACCUAAAGUUAUGUUGACGAAUAUUCUGAGGACAAAAACAGGAAGAAAAUACAUGCAAAGGGACCUUUUAACUGAUGCUAAAUUAUCUGAUGCUAACAAACUGCAAUCAGAUGAACAACCCUCCUCAUCUAUUGCCAGCCUAAAAUCUUGUCAAACAAUAAGUUCUCAACAAAGCUGUAUUUUACCUAAAAGAUAUGAAAGAUAUCCAAAAAGAUCACAUGAAUGGAAACAGUAUGAAGAUACAGAACAUAGUAAAGCUUUGCAGACUUUAAGAAAAUGUGAUGUAUUGCUAGAAGACUGCAACACCAAGAAUAAAGGAGGACACAAGGCAGAGAAAGGACAAGAGAACUCCAAGAAUCUUUUUCCUUGUUUGAAGAAGUCAAGCUAUCAGAAUAAUGCAAGCAGAAAAAGAAGGGGUGAUGUUUUCCCUAACCAGUGGAAUGAAGCUUCUCCACAAAAAUCACUACUGGCAAAACACAGGACAGAAUCAGUUCAAUCACCUGGCUACCAAGAUUCAAGCAAGAACCACCAGAAUCAUAUGCACAAUCUACAGCAGGAAAAUAUUCUUCAGCCUUUGGAAUCAGAUUGUAAUGAAACAUUAAAUACCACUGAUCUAAACAUUACUGGCUGCUGUCCUAAAAACUAUUCAAACUCUUCUCCCAAAAGAAAGCCACAUUCUUUCACUGAUAAGGAUAAAUGUAUUUUGCCUGUAGUCAGCUCUGCUGUGAAGGAAAAAGUGAAUACAACUUUGCCACUAAAAAAUCUAUUGAAUAAAUCUGAAAUGAAUAAAGAGACUGCUGAGUCAUCUGAGCCAAUUGUCCUUUCUAGUGAUGAAGAAGAAGAAAUUGCUGAUCUACAGGAUCCAGAGACAUAUUUCCAGACUGGGAAAGGCCAUGAACUGGAGAAUAAUGAUAAAGACCAGGAAAGUGUUCUACAUUUAUCAGAAAAUCUGUCACAGUAUGUGACUGAAAGCAAAGCAAAACUAGUAUCAGCUGAUCCACUUGUUCUUCAUUCCUCUGCAGAUCAUAGCACCAUCAGUGAACAGGUACCCCUUGCCUUAGAUAUAAAGUUUAAAAGGCUUUAUUUUGGAAAAUAUAAAGGAGCAGCAGCAGGAUAUGCUCGGUUUACCACCAGCUGCUUUACAAUCCCAUUUGAAGUUGCACUUAACAAGAAAAUUGAACUCUCAAUAGAUUCCAUGCAUUUAAAAAAGUUUGGACUGUGGACAAAUAAGGAUUUGUCAGAUUUUGAGAGUAGUGCUGUCAUUUUCCUUUGGCUGUCAUUAGAUUGCAUGGAGCAAGUUGAAAAUCAACUAGGAACAACUAUAUUAAACAAGCAAGUUAGAGGUAGCAAAUACAUUUUUCUUCAGCUAUCUCAGAUGCUCACAGAAGAGGAGCAGGUAAUGCUGAACAGGAUAAUUGUGGAAGUAAGCACAAAGAUUAGUUCUGCAGAUCUUACCGACUUUUUACCUUGUCAGCAAGCCAUUGAAGAAAUCUCAUGUGAAGAAAAUCCUUUCAUGCGCUAUUGCUAUGAAACAUUUCAGAAACCCUUAGAAAGGAACAGGACUUCAGUUCCAGCAGAGCAACCUCUUGAGGGAUGGAAAUCAAAUCUCAACAAGCCCAGUUAUACCUUGCUGCAGAAACAACAUAGUGGACAAUACUCCUUUUCUAUCACUUCUGUGAAAGGAAAUGGAUGGAAUGAGUUGAGAGAAACUGGACCUGUGAAGAACUUGAUUGUUUAUCCUCCUCCACCUGCUAAAGGAGGACUUGGUGUCACAAAAGAGGAUUUGGAGUGUUUAGAAUAUGGAGAAUUCCUCAAUGAUGUAAUCAUUGACUUUUAUCUUAAAUAUCUGCAGUUAGAAAAAGCUCCUAAGGAACUUGCAGACCGGUCACACAUAUUUAGCAGUUUCUUCUAUAAGUGCUUGACUAGGACAGAGAAGAACUCUGAAGAAAAUCCAAAACUUACAAUAGCACAAAGAAGACACCGAAGAGUAAAAAGAUGGACUCGAUAUAUAAAUAUUUUUAAUAAAGAUUACAUUUUUGUGCCUGUAAAUGAAGAGUUUCAUUGGUAUAUUGCAGUAAUUUGCUUCCCUUGGUUAGAAGAAGUUAUAUAUAAGGAUUGUGAAAAUCAACAUUUGCCACAAUCCUACUUCGAGCAGUUUCCACAUCAGCCAGAAAGUAACAGCGGAACAGUUAGAAAAGAAACUAUUUUGGUCCUUACUGAUAUCUGGUGUGAUACUGAAGAGCUGGAUAUAAAGAACCAGCAUCCUGAAGAUAAAAUUCAACCAGGAACUGUGGCUUCAGAAUUAAAUUCCAAAGUUUCCAAAAAAUGUUCAGGCACUUUAAAAAUCAAGAAAAUUUGUAAAAGGCCAUGUAUCCUCAUCUUAGAUUCGCUGAAGGCAAGUUCAGUAGAGAAUACUGUUCAGGUCUUGAGAGAAUAUCUAGAAGCAGAAUGGGAGGCUAAACGUAAAACUUGUCGUGAGUUCAGCAAAUCGACUAUGGUAGAUUUUUGUCCAAGAGUCCCCAAACAGAAUAACAGCAGUGAUUGUGGAAUAUACUUAUUGCAAUAUGUGGAAACUUUCUUCCAGAAUCCUAUUGUUGACUUUGAGCUUCCAAUACACUUGGAACAGUGGUUCCCUCCUCACCUGGUGAGAAGCAAGCGAGAACAGAUUAGAGACUUGAUCUUGCAACUUCACUUUCAGCAGCAGAGUGGCAGCAAAAGCUAGCAGAUUUUUCUUCUGGGUCUUGGAGAUGAAAACACAGAUCCAGAAGUAUUAGAAAUCCAGUCUGCACCGUUUGUUCUUUUAAUGUUGUAAAGAGCUUUGUUUCUGUAUUUAUUUUAAGGGUUACAUUUGAAUUGUAUUUACAGAAAAUGUCAGCCUAUAAAUUGUAAUUACAUAAUUUAAAGUAAAUGUUACAUUGCCUUAUUUUAUUUUAGUGGGAAAAAUAGAAGCAAAAUUACAAACAGAGAUGGGAAAAUAUUGUAAUCCUAAGCAAUGUAAAUGUAAAUGUAAAUCAUUUUCUUUCAAACAGUAGCAUAACAAAAUGGAUACAUUUUAAAAGUUAUAUUUAGUAUCUUUGAAGAUACCACUUCAAUAUUGUAAAAGAACAAUGAAAAAUUUGCUUUUGGAUACAACAGAUAUGCUGCAUUGGAUUUUGGGUAUAUUUUGGUUUUUCUUAGAAAUUGAUAUGCAUAACCGCUUUUUAUAUAGUAUUUUUAAAAUGCUAGAACACAAUGUGAAGUCAUGCUUCAAAGUUAUUAUAAAAUGGAUGUGUCAUUUGUUUUCCUUGUUAACUUGGUUACAUAGCUCAGAUUCAAAUCAUAAUCUGUUUCUGCUGCUCAGAAUUUGUAUAUGAAUACUAUGUAUUUGGUAAGAUACUU